UAUGGGUAUGAAAAUUAAACAUUCAAACACAAGUAAUAAUUUUCCUCAACAUGUAAUAUUAAGAAGUUUAAUCGAUGCUAAAUACUUUUGAUGUUUGACGUCACGUAUGUAAUCUACUUGUUGCUUCGCUAUGGAGUCGGAAGCAGGACAUGAUCUCAUCAGUAUGCCUAUGGAUCAUGGGCCUGCUGUUCGAGGAAAAAUGCCCAAAACAGAUGAUGAUAUCCGAAGUCACCCUACGUCCAGAGUCAGCCCAGAUCACAGCUUAAGAGGUGGAUGCCAUCCAGUUAAAAGGAAAAAAUUGCUUUCGGUCAGUCACCUAUUGAUACACCAACACAGGUUUCAGCUGUAUUGCCACAAACUGCAAAAGGCAAACAAAAUUGUGGAAGAGUCAAGAACAACAAGCUCUGGUCCUUCUCACACAACCUCUUCAAGUUUACCGUGGGUUAUUCCCCCACCAACAAAAUAUGUGGAUCCACUGAAUUGCAAGAUGUGCGAGAAAAGAUACAAUACAUCAGACCGUCGACCUCGUACCCUCCGCUGUGGUCACACCUUCUGCACACACUGCCUCACACCUACUGGCAAUAAUUCAAUGGUACGAUCCGCACACUGGUCACACUGGCGAAAGGAACCAUCGGCCAGGCGCCCAGCUCAUGCGGCGAGUUUGAGCUCAAUUGGAGAGCAAGAUGGUUCAGUCUAUGUUUCUAUGGCAGCAUUAACCGCAUUUAAGACCCUCUGUCCCAAGGAAUACUAGCAGUAUCCAUCACGGAAAUUUGGUGUGCAUUUGUAGCAUUCAAGUGAUGUUUUUUACAAAAGUGACGCAAGUACUCUAAGAGUCAAAUGAAAUUUCCGUCAUGCUGUAUUCUUUUUAUUAUUUUUUUUAUUUAGUAUGACAUUUUUGUUCAUGUUCUGUUAUUGAAAUACAUUUGUUAUAUUUGUGUACAUUUUAUCAUUAAUAAGAAAAAAUAAGAACGGUGUAAAUUUUAUUAAUACAAUAGACUCUCUACAGCAAAUUUCAACCCACUGUACUGUGGAUUUUCAGACGCUCCGUAUCAUCCCACUUUCGACAACAAAUAAGUUGUCCCUGUAGAGACACCUUGAUGAGUUUUUUUAAAAAUCAACACUAUGGUGGACUUAUUCUGGGUAGAAACACUAGUGUGACCGCAGCUUAAGCUGAAUGAAAUCGUUUGACACUAGCCAGAAUGAAAUGAUAAAGUGCAAGAAUCACAUUUUUUUUUAGCAACAUAGUAACUGAAAUUACUAUGAUUUAGAGAGGUGUUAAGCUGUUGGCUUAUUUAAUGGUUAAGCCAUCAAAGUGAACAAGCCUAUAAGACAAUUGUACUUUGUUCUCACUUAUAACAUAAGUUGUGCAUGUAGUGAAAGAUUGUAACAGUUAAGAAUGUAUGCCUGCUGCCAGUUUCUUCAAUACUGUUGUUAGUACAAGUCACUCUUGUACCUCUACUUCCAACUCAAGAAGAAGUCAAUAAGUAUCAAAACUGUCGUGUUGAUCCAUCUUUUAAUAUGGGGGUGGCAUGUUAUUGUGAAUCUUUCCUAGUGCCAUGACAAUAAAAUGUAAGAGCACCCAUUGUGGUGAGGUUCUCUAUUUUGGAUCUUGUUCAGUCUCACCAGUGAGUAGUGUGUGGUUCCACCUGUGUGCUUUUAAGUUGUGUUGCUAAAUUACAACUUUUUUUUAACCCUCUGAGUGUUAUGAAUGACAUUAAGGAUUUUAUUCUGGUUAAUGCCAAGCAAUAAGGGGGUUAAGGCUAUCUCGAUUAAUAGUGAAAUAGCCUGCACCAUGUAGUUACUGAGUUGAGCAUUGAUCCACUCUUAGGUUUAAAUCUUAGGUAUAACAUAAGUUGUAGAAUGAACUACAGUGCAGGUAUAGUCCCUCAAAUCUGGGACUCUUGGUACCAAGACCAGACUGGUUUGGAGGAUGUUUUGCUCCCAUAUACUCUUAAUUGAACCGUGUUUUACUUCUUAAAUAACAAAAUAAAGAAAACCACAUUGUAUACUUUAGAUAGAAAAAAAUACUUUUAAUAUUGUUUACGGGAUUGAUUACAUUCCAACUCCCAGAAGCUUUGGUGAACGGAAAACAAAUCACACUUUUGGCUAGGAAAAAGAGACCUCAUUUUUUGUGAAUACCAUUAACAAGUGAAGUAAUAAAACCAAAAUAAUUUUGGUAGUUGGGUUAGGUUUUGAAUGUUUUCUUUGGUCAUUAGGCUAGGUUAAGAAAGGAUAGGUUAGAUUUUAAAUGUUUUCUAUGGUAAUUAAAACUAAACUAUCCAAAAGUAAUGAUUUUUUGACGUGUUCAAAAAUGAAAACUAAACUAAACUAAAUUGAUUUUUCCCUACGUUUGAAGCUUCACCUGCUUAAUUUAAUAAUAUUUCAAACCUACAUUUUAUAUAUAUAUAUAUAUAUAUAUAUAUAUAUAUAUAUAUAUAUAUAUAUAUAUAUAUAUAUAUAUAUAUAUAUAUAUAUAUAUAUAUAUAUAUAUAUAUAUAUAAAAUAAUAGUAUUUUUUUUCACAUAGAUAUUAAAAUCAAUAUUGGGUAAAAUAAACCAAAUAUUUGAGGUAACUUAACCAUGAUGCUGCCUGCUCUCACUUGGCCCAUGUUUAACAAGCAGGAUCUGGCAUAGGUCACCUUCAGUUUUUAGUUUAAAUUGACCAAUAUUAAUUUUAAAUGCUAUGUGAAAACAAUGAUAAUAUCUUAUUGGUACAAAUAAAUGCAUAUAAAGAUAAUCAGGGUAUAGAGCUAUUUAUUUAAUCUACAAUAACUAUUAAUUAACUUUAUUCUUCUUAUAAAGGUCUCCUGACUCAGAAGCUGCUGGCAUAUAAAUUAACUCACUACAGUACAGUACAGUAUUGGGCAACUCUUAACUUCUAUGCCGACUAGAUUUAAUAUUUUCUUUAUUUUAGUACAGUACAGUACAGUACAGUACAGUCUGUAUACAAUGAGGUUAUCUUCAUUUUGUUACUUAAGAAGUAAAAAAAAAAUUCAACUGAGUUUGUGACCAGUAAAUAUAUAUAUAUAUAUUUUUAAUACUGUAUCUGAUUUUGAAGGUCUGUACUUGUACAUCUAAAUAUAUAUAUAAAGCAAUGAAAACCAUUAUAGAGUGAAACCUCUUUAUAACUGACGUCUCUCUCCAUAUAACACAUUAGAUAGAGGUUCAUAUAUAACAGAUUCUCAAUAAAACCGACUUUCAUAUACAGUACUCCGUUAAAUAGAGGUUUUACUGUACUUGUAUAUAACAUUUUAUGUGCACUGCUGUUACCUCAGAUUGAUAUAUAUCUUGAAAUAUGCCAUGUAGUGCCACUAAACUACCAAAUAAAAGUGCUUUAAUAAAUGUU